UUCAAUCAAAAAAUACAAAAGCCUAUCUUGGAACGAAUGAAUGCAGAGGAAAUGUUGACUGGAAUAACUUCUGUAGAAUGGUCCAAUGAUUAUCCCAUGCUGAUAGAGGCUAUUAGAAAGAAAUGGAAACGUGAUCCUCUACCUAUUCCAGAAGGUCUUCCUAGAAUUUCAGAUAAAGAUGAAUUGCUACAAGAAGGAACACGAGUUAGAGUAAUGUUAUUUGAGCCUAAAUCUGUACUUGGACAAAAAUUACAUGGUAAGUUUCGUACAGGUGAUAUUCGAUGGGAUCCCGAAAUUCGAGUAAUUAAAAAACUUAUAUUAAGUCCUGAGCAACCACCAACAUAUCUUGUUAAUGGUCCUCAUGGCAAGUUGGGAGUAUCACGUUGUGCAUAUACUAGAAAGCAACUCCAAGUAGUUCCAGACAAUGAGAAUCCCCCUCCAGAUACAGUAAUUCGUAGUAAACAAUAUAAAUUCAUUCCUGAAAAAAUUCUUAAGCAACGAACUUACAAAGGUAAAAAACAAUACCUUGUUAAAUGGCACCGAUAUCCUGAAAGUGAAUCAACUUGGGAACCAGCAAAUAGAUUUAAAGAGGAUGCACCUAAUCUUGUAAACGAAUUUCUGGGAGUAAAAAAAUAG